AUGUUGGGCAGCGGUGCCGCUGGUCGACCCCGGGGUACUCACCUGUCGGUCGGCCUGUCUCCUGGAAGCAGCCGCGGGGUCUCAGCUCAUUCUACUGGGGAGACUCCGUCGGGAAGCGCUGCUCUACCUGUCCAGGUGUAUCAGGAAGUACCGUCGUCAUCAGCGUCAUCAUCUCCGGGGAACCGCAGCAUGCUGAACAUUAACGAGCAGCGGAGCCUCAGACUGAGUCAGACAUGCACCAGAUCCCCAGAGACCAUGGAGGAACCAGCCAAUCAAGAGCCCGGGGAACCAGCCAAUCAGCAGCCCGGGGAACCAGCCACCCAGCAGCCAGGUGAACCAGCCAAUCAGCAGCCCGGGGAACCAGCCAAUCAGCAGCCCGGGGAACCAGCCACCCAGCAGCCAGGUGAACCAGCCAAUCAAAUCGAUUGUGUUUUAUUUAGACCGGGCCUGAGCUCCGGAGUGUUUGUUUCUACCGGAGACCCUCUGCAGGAGUCGGUUUAUUCCAGCAGGGGGCAGUACGAGGACCUCCCCUCCUCGUCCAGACCGCGGCCUGUAGGGGGAAGCACAGGUGCACAGCUGCACCACCUUACCCAGGUGGGUUUGUCCAGUCAGAUCGCAGCGUUUCCCGGCGUGGGUCGCAGCGUGUCCGGGCCCACUGGCUCCAGCUGGAACCAGCAGCACUCGGACCAGGACCUGUCCAGACCCGGAGCCAGCAGAGAGAGCGUGCUGUCAUUUCCCGAGUUCUCCUCCUCAGUUUUCCAGAUGUCGAGCUCGUCGCUGCGGGAUGCGUCGGCUCCGCCCCUCCUGAUGACAUCACCGCCACCGGAGUACCCCCCAGAGGACGCAUCCCCCUCCGCCCACACCUCCGCCUCGCUCAUAAAGGCCAUCAGGGAAGAGCUGCGCCGCCUGGCCCAGAAACAGGUCUCCGUUACCAGCUAUCCUUAGACUGGUCUGGACCAGUUCGGAACUGGAACCCCAGGAGCAAAAUCCCCUAACACUAACUGACCCACAUCUGGAGCUGAUCCACAAUUCUGGAGCUGAUCCACAUCUGGAGCUUAUCUCUACUCUGGAAAUGAUCCACAUCUGGAGCUGAUCCACAUCUGUGUUGCUAAACUCAAAUGACUUUGUACCUCUCUCCAUGUCUGAAAAACAAAAAGAGAGACAGGUCUCCUGACUGAAAGACCUCCGGUUACUUACAGGGUCCGUCUGUGUGUCCGUCACCUCCAUCAGUGGCAUUCCUAACCUCCCUGCUGGUGUUCCUCGGGACCUUCAGGGGCAUUUCUUUAAUCAUCCGUCCUGGAUUAGGAUUGUUUCCUUUAAACCUGGACCAGGUCUCAUUUCCAGGUGAAUCUUCUUGGAGUAAAGUUCUGGAUCUAAUUCCUGUCGAAGGUUUGGAGACGCAACUCAUCCCUAAAAAUCUGGAUGGAAUCAUCUCUUUAUCUUCUCUUCUCAGGCUACAUUUACACUGCUACGUUUCCCCCUCUCAUGCUCUGGCAUUUCCCCCUCUCAUUCCCCCUGCUCUGGGGUUUCUCCUUCCCA